UCAUUUCACAAACAAAGAAAACAGAGAGCAGAGAAAGAAAAUCUGAGGCAGAGAGAGGAGAAGAGAAGAAGAAAAGAGGAUUGAAGAAGGAUCUCUUUCCAUUCUAAUCUCUUCCGUUGAUCUUUGAUCGCGGUGGCGAAUUCAAAUACCGACGUGGAGACGCAGAACGGCCGCUUCCAGGUCUUUCUAUCGUCGGUGAUCUCGAGCCUUGGUGCCAUCGUGUUUCGGCAGAAUCAGGAAGGAGAAGAGAUGGCAUCAAGGCCAAUAGUUCCUCAACAACCAAGAGGUGGACCAGCUGCUCUGGGCGUAAAGCAGAAGCCUGUUGCAGGUGAAGGGAAUAACAGGAAGGCCCUGGGAGAUAUUGGAAAUUUGGUUAAUGUCCGAGGAGGCGUAGAAGGGAAGCCGCAGCAACAGCAACAGAAUAUCUCUCGCCCCAUAACAAGGAGUUUCGGUGCUCAGCUUCUUGCAAAAGCCCAAACAGGGGCUGUGGGGGCUGCAGCUAAUAAUAAAUCAAUAGCUGCUGUCGAUGGGGCUGUUGGAGGGAAGGAUGGUACGAAGGCAGCUAAACCAAAGGUUACCAUAAAGCCAAAACCUGAGAUGGUUAUUGAAAUCAGCCCUGACACAGAAGAGGAAGAAAGCAAGGAGAAAUCAGUCAGUCGUGGAAUUUCAAGUCGCACUUCGUCCAAGAAGAGUGUGGAGAGUCUUAGUUCAGUCCUCACUGCUCGAAGCAAGUUCGCCUGCGGGCUGGCAGAAUCUGUUCAUGACAUUGAUGCAGUGGACUCAGAGGAUCAGCUGGCGGUAGUUGAUUAUGUCGAAGACAUCUACAAAUUUUACAGGCUUGCAGAGAAAGACAGCGUGGUCCACGAUUACAUGGGGUCGCAGGUUGAGAUCAACAGCAAGAUGAGAUCAAUCCUCACAGACUGGCUGAUUGAAGUCCAUAACAAAUUCGAACUCAUGCCGGAGACCCUUUAUCUUACAAUCCAUAUCGUUGAUCGAUACCUCUCAAUGAAAGCAGUGCUGAGGAAGGAAUUACAGUUAGUAGGCAUAACUGCCAUGCUCAUUGCUUGCAAAUAUGAGGAGAUUUGGGCUCCAGAGAUCAACGACUUCAUCUGCAUAUCGGACAGGGCUUAUAGCAGAGAACAGAUAUUGGUGAUGGAGAAAAAAAUGCUGAACAAGCUCGAAUGGAGCUUAACGGUCCCCACACCGUAUGUAUUCCUCGUGCGGUUUUUGAAGGCUGCUCUAUCUGAUAAAGAGAUGGAACAUAUGGUUUUCUUUUUCGCUGAGUUAGCUCUUACACAGUAUUGCAUGAUAAUGCGUUGCCCAUCGAUGAUUGCGGCUUCUGCGGUGUAUGCGGCACGAUGCACCUUACAGAAGAGUCCCCUCUGGAACGAGACGCUCAAGCGAUACACUGGGUUUGCCGAGACACAGCUUGUGGACUGCACAAAGCUCUUGGUGAACUUCCAUUCUUCUGCAGCGGAUGGUAAGCUGAAGGCAGUCCACCGGAAGUACUCUAAUCCUCUACGUGGAGCUGUCGCUUUACUCCCUCCGUCAUCGAAAUUCUCAGAGGAGUCGAAGGACGCUGCCUCCACCUGACUGCUGACUGGUUUGGGUUGUGUUUUCCCCAAGCAUGUACAGCCACUGACCACUGGGUGCGGGUGUGUUUAUGUUUUUUCCAUUUGAUUUAUCAUCUCUGAUUGAAGUAGAGUUUUGUUUUUUGGAGUGAAGAUUCAUCUCUCUGAUGAUAUCUCUCUAUUAGUAACUCUUUCCUCAGGAGUGGUGUGUUUAUGACAUGUUUAAGAAUGUGCAGAAACAGCUUCAAAUUUCAAUUGGGAAUGAAUGGUCUG